CGACCCUUUUUUUCCUUUCAAUAAAAUCAUCUACCUUCUUAUUGGGGGCCACAGAAGAAGUAUCCCUAUGAGUUAUUGUACAUCACGCUAUACCUCAUUUAGCAAAGUCUUGCAUCAGCCUGCAGCGAGGCUGAGCCUUGGCCGAAUACACAAGAAUGCCUAAAAUCUCUCCUCUUUAUUUUCACGAUCAUAUCCGAAUCAUUUCCCAGACUAUCUCAAUAGUCAUAUCAUCUCCUCAUGGAUCCCUUCUCAGUAACGGUUGGUGCCAUAGCACUAGCCGAGACGGCGAACAAGCUUGCCAGUUCUCUCACAGACAGGUACAGUGCAUUCAGCUCAGCGCCUAAAGAGAUGCUUGAGAUAGCUAGCCAUGUUACAAUGUGCGCUGGCCUCGUCAAUGUUUUCGCUCAGAGCAUCGACGACAGAUCCGAGGACGACUUCCCAAAGUCGUUUCGACAAGAUGCCUCUUUUCUGGUCCUGCAAAAACCAGAUUAUGGAGACCGGCUCAAAUGGGCUUUCGGCAGCCACAGCCAAAAGAAAGUUGCGAAGCACCAAGAAAACUUAAAGCAGGCCCAACAUAUGAUCAUGUUUAUGACAACUUGCUGGCAAUUUAAAUUACCCUCGAAACCAAAACAGCCAUCAGUAGGAACGACAGGAUCUUCGAUUCCAAUGGGUAGCCUUCAAGGAGUAUUACAGCAUAUGCCCGUGCAAAUCAACAUGAAAGGUCCCGAGAGCGAGUCUCAGACCGUCACUUAUGAGGCAACUCUUACACUGAAACCAGUAGAGCAGCGUCCACAGAGAGAAGAAUAUGAGCUCGAGCACGCCAGGAAGAAGAUAGAAGUCUCAUCCCGAAGUUCCGAGACCACAAACCGAGCAAAACAAGCAUUAGAAAACAUGCGACGAAGCCCUUAUUUCUCCAUGCUACUGCUGCAACCGAAACUCGAGCGUGUAGUCCAAGAGAGGAAAUAUUACAGAGCUGAGCCAGCCAGUGAAGACGAGCGGGAGAAGAUGAAAAUGGAGGAGGAGAAGAGGAAGCAGGAAGCAGAGAUGGAACUAGAGAUGAAUUUUAGACCCAAGCCUCUGUCGAAAGAAGCAGCUUCUGAGGAUGUGGAAGAUAUCUUGUCACAGUGGUUCGACGAAGACCCGGAGCCAGACUACCUUGAUCAUGACCAUGACUCGUUGUCAGACCUCGAAGAAGUCACAUCAGAAGUCGACCCACCACCACUCUCGAAGGGAGGACUCAAGGUCGAGACUCCACUAAGACCAAGCUCGGCUCCCAUGCCUGAGCAUCCGAACUGGGAUUGGGCAUGCGAUGGCUGUGAAAGAAAGGUAAGUGCGCUGGGAUGACGGUUUGCGCAUGCUAAGUUAGUGUAGUUCUAUUACCAUGACAGACGGUUCAAGUGUCGGGAUUGCUCCAAUUUUGAUUUCUGUCCUGAUUGCUAUGGAGUUGAGUGGCAUCGACAUGAUAGUUCAAGGUUCGUUGAGCGUAGUCUUUAAUAGCACAGGCACACCUCAAGCCAAGGAUCAUUGUCCCAGAUUUCUCCGGACAUUUUCGCAGUUUUGUUUGCACAUCGCGUUUUCGUAGUUUUCACCUUGAUUAUUAGAAGUCCUUUACCUUAAGAAUUAACCUUCU